AACAACUUGAAGUACAGCUCAUAGUGUGAAGAUACAGUUACCCACUUUCAACUAUAAUAUCUCAACCAACAUCACAGCCCUCACAAUACUAUUCGGCACUUUGUUACAAGGAAUCUUGCCAAAAUUCUAUUUCUACCUUUUUUUCUGUAACUUUCUACUGUCAUUUCCAUUUUUGGAUAAGCUUAGCGACGAUAUGGCUGAGGAAGAACCUAAGAAGCUUGAACCCGAAGCCCCCUCUGAGCCUCCUAAAGAUGUUGCUGAAGAGAAAUCUGCAAUUCCUCCUCCUCCCCAAGAAAAGGCUUCUGAUGACUCCAAAGCUCUUGUUGCUGUUGAAAAGGCUCCAGAAUCUGUUGAAGAGAAAAGUACAGAGGGUUCUGUGAAUCGAGAUGCUGUGCUUGCGAGAGUUGAAACUGAGAAGAGGGUUUCACUCAUCAGAGCAUGGGAAGAGAGUGAAAAGAGCAAAGCAGAGAAUAAAGCUCACAAAAAGUUGUCUGCUAUAGUUUCAUGGGAGAACAGCAAGAAAGCAUCUGUGGAGGCUGAACUGAAGCAAAUGGAGGAAAAAUUGGAGAAGAAAAAGGCAGAGUAUGUGGAGAAAAUGAAAAAUAAAAUAGCACUAAUUCACAAGGAAGCAGAAGAAAAAAGAGCAAUGAUUGAGGCUAAACGUGGGGAAGAUCUUCUCAAGGCAGAGGAGACAGCUGCAAAGUACCGUGCCACUGGAACUGCUCCAAAGAAGCUUCUUGGAUGUUUUUAGGCUAAAGUCAUCAGGUUUGGAUGACCAUUUGUGUAUUUAUUUAUGAGUUUAUUCGUUAAUUAUUAGUUGCGUGUGUUUGUUAAUAGGGAAAUUAAUUAAAUGUUCAAUUAUUGUGUGUGCAUGUAUUGGUGUAUAUACCAUUUGAAUAUUGUUUGAAUCUUUACUUAUUGAAUUUGUAAGAAGCGAGUACAUUGAUCAUCAA